GUGGGCACUCUUCCACAUCUUAGUCUUUAUUUCACACAGCGACAGACCUGGCGGACACUGGCAGCGAAACAACGACACGAACUCCCACAUUACUUUUGAAAUUUAACCCGCUUUAUUUCAAAUUCAAUAGUUAAGAGGCAAAUAUGGCGACUGAAAUCAUGGAAAUGAACGGACAUGCCGACGAAGAGGAACGGCGUCAAGGCCACCGGAAUUGGAGGCAGGAAGGCCAGCAUAUAAACAUGAACCGGUAUGCUAAUAAGAAGAGCGCAGCAGAGAGCAUGCUGGACGUGGCGUUACUCAUGGCCAACGCCUCCCAGCUGAAGGCCGUCCUGGAGCAGGGUCCAGACUUCAACUUCUACACCCCCCUCAUCACCUUCAUCUCCAUAUCCCUCAUCCUGCAGAUCACCGUGGGCGUCCUGCUCAUCUUCAUUGUGAAGUGGAACCUGAACGAUGAGAGCACCCACUUCAAGCUGAACAUUAUGGAGAACAUCGCCACAGCACUCAUCUUCAUCAUCGUUGUAGUCAACGUCUUUAUUACGGCCUUUGGUGUCCAAAAGCCCAAUCAAAACUCUUAACUGCCCUCACUCCUUACCCCUGGUCAUUAGUUAUUACAGUUAUACAGGCAUUAUACUGGUGUCAUAUGCACAAUACACACAUAAUAUGCCAACGUGUACCCUUGGUUGAAAGGCUCAUACAAGUAUUUGGUAAUCAGUGUCAAAUUGUCAGGUUACUUGAGUUUAAUAAACAUAUGUAUUGUACACAGACUUACAGUUAGAAUGCACAAAGGUGAAUCUUAAAGUAAAUGUUUUAUACCAGAAUGCCAUAGCUGCACAAACCAAAUCACUGCUACUUUACAAGCAAGAGCGGUUGACGGAUCCAGUAUUCCAUCAGAUUCUCCGUGACACCAAAGACAAUGGAUCGAUUCGUUAUACAGGAUUCCCACUGGCCUUUCAUACAAGCGGCCAGUCACAAUCAGGUUGACCCUACUUCAUGACGAUCCUGUCACACUUCAUAUUUCAUAUUACUUGUGUGAGCAAUACAUUGUUCAAAUGACCAACAGUGUUAAUGUAUUGCCAUUAUAAAUAUGUACAUAUCAGGGUUAUUUUAGAUACACACACACACAGCUCAGUGGUGAGUUUUAGCAUGUACAUCUUCAGACAGAUGUUAAUUCAGCAGGAUGUUGAGGCCUUACCUUUACUCUUCUUUAAGUCACCACACAGAGACAGAAAGACAGAGACAGAGAGCCUAUCAUUUGAAGUAUUUUAUUAGGCCUAUGUGGUCUAAAAGGGAAAAACAAUACAAUCACGAGGAUCCACUUUUAUAGACAAUAUACUGACACAUAGACAGCGCAAUGAGCAAACAAAACAACCCUCGCAAUAUCAAAUGGAAUCACAUGGGUCUUUUACUGAACUUUAUGUUAAAAACAAAUAUUUGAAUGAGAAGAGAGAGACUGUCACUGGCAAACAAAUAGCAAAAUCUACUCAUUUGAAGGGGUGUCCACAUACACUAAAGUAUCUCAUAUCUGUUGUCAUGGUAACUUUGUUCUAGAAAUACUCAAACUUUGCAGACCCAGCUGCUGUGUUUUUUAGCCCAUUGAUUUUGUUGUAAUGUUUGAGUCACUCUGCUAUCACAUGAACACACACAAGAUACGGCAAAAUGUGUAGAAUGUAGGAAAUUAGCUUUUAAAUGCCUCUCAAAAAUAUCGCCCUCCAUGGCCGCCAUUUUAAAGCUCAUUUCCUACAUAUUCUGUGUGUUCAUGUUGAGUCGAGUUACUUUUUACAGGGACAGUGCACAUUAAUCAACGUUUUCAGUAAAAGUGCCGGUUUUAGCCAGCCGGCUAAUUUUCAACCACAGUCCCUGGGCAGGCUUGACGAGUGUAUAGAAUUGCAGGAAAUAUGCUUUAAACCUGCUAAAUGUUCUCUCCGCUAACAAGAGGGGUGUGAAGAGUUUGUGAACCACUGAUCUAGCGUUGCAAAAUGUUGGUAAUUAGUGGAUUUUUACACAAAAUUCUCAUGUUAAGUUACUUGAAUUUUACAACCGGACAUUCAGACAUUGCCUGCUGCCUUAUAUGUGAUCUCAGAUCUAUGCAACGUACAGUAUGUACCAUCACAAUUUAUGUGUAAAAUAUAUAUAUAAUAUUUCAUGCCAUGUUUAGACCUUAAGCUUUGCCAAUAUAUAUAUAUUUUUAUGAUUGAAGGCAUUUUCUAUUUUUUUUAAAUGAAGGACCAAAUCAUAUUUUAGCCCCUGUUUGUUGCACUGUAUGCAGUAGAAAACUGUACUAUUCUGAAAUGAAGUUUGUAAAUGAAAACUAACAA